GGCGGCGCGGCCCCGGACUUUUACCACCCGGCCGGGGGGAGCCCCACGGCCGCCUACCAGUCGCCUCCUCCUCCCCCCGCCGCGCCUCCGCCUCCUGCCCCCUGCAGCGGGGUUACCUGUCACGGGGAGCCCGCUAAAUUUUACGGAUACGAUAACUUACAGAGACAGCAGAUUUUUACGACACAGCAAGAGGCCGAGCUGGUACAAUAUCCUGACUGUAAAUCGUCCAGUGCUAAUAUUGGCGAGGAACCAGACCACUUAAAUCAGAGCUCGUCUCCUGCUCAAAUGUUUCCCUGGAUGAGACCACAAGCAGCACCGGGUAGGAGGAGAGGAAGACAAACAUACAGCCGAUUCCAGACUCUAGAGCUGGAAAAGGAGUUCCUCUUUAACCCCUAUCUGACCAGGAAGAGGAGGAUCGAGGUGUCCCACGCACUAGGACUCACCGAGAGGCAGGUAAAGAUCUGGUUUCAGAACAGAAGGAUGAAAUGGAAAAAGGAGAACAACAAGGACAAAUUCCCCGCUUCCAGACAGGAGGGAAAGGAAGGGGAGGCCAAAAAGGAAGCACAUGAUCUGGAAGAAGAUGGAAUUGAAGGCCAGAAGAACUAA